AUCUGAGGAGAACGCCUGUGUAGAUGAGCAAAAAAAUAAAUAAAUACGAGGAGCUCAAUGAAUUAGUUUGCACAAAAAGGACAGAAAGUUGACAGUGCUGUUUAAUUAUUUUUUCACUAGUUGUGAGGCUGUAUUUUCCGGUGACAUGCCGUCUGUUCCUUUGCCUCCGAAGGAGAGUAACCUAUUUAAGAGAAUUCUGAAAUGUUACGAGCAAAAACAGUACAAAAAUGGCCUGAAGUUCUGCAAGAUGAUUCUCUCCAACCCAAAGUUUGCAGAACAUGGAGAGACCUUAGCCAUGAAGGGGCUGACUCUGAACUGCUUGGGGAAGAAGGAGGAAGCGUACGAGUUUGUCCGAAGGGGGCUGCGCAAUGACCUGAAAAGCCAUGUCUGUUGGCACGUCUACGGCCUCCUGCAGAGGUCCGACAAGAAGUACGACGAGGCCAUCAAGUGCUACCGCAACGCCCUGAAGCUGGACAAGGACAACCUGCAGAUCCUGCGCGACCUCUCCCUGCUGCAGAUCCAGAUGAGAGACCUGGAGGGGUACAGGGAAACCAGGUAUCAGCUCCUGCAGUUGCGACCCACACAGAGAGCGUCCUGGAUCGGCUACGCUAUCGCUUAUCACCUAUUAAAGGACUACGACACGGCCUUACGACUGCUGGAGGAGUUCCGCAAGACGCAACAGGUGCCUCCUAAUAAAAUAGACUACGAGUACAGCGAGCUGCUGCUGUAUCAGAAUGAAGUCAUGAGAGAAGCCAGCUUGUUCCAGGAAUCCUUAGAGCACAUAGAAACGUACGAGAAGCAGAUCUGCGAUCAGAUGAAAGUGGAAGAGAUCAAAGGGGAGACGCUGCUGAAGCUGGGCCGGUCGGAGGAGGCUGCCAGGGCCUACCGCAUCCUCAUCGACCGCAACGCGGAGAACUGGGCCUACUACGAGGGGCUGGAGCGGGCCCUGCAGCCGGGCACCAUGGAGAAGAGGCUACAGAUCUACGAGGAGGUCGGAAACAGGCACCCCAAGGCUCUGUCCCUGAGGAGGCUUCCCCUCAACUUCCUCACAGGUGAAUUGUUCAGGGAAAAGAUUGACAAGUUCCUCAGAACAAACUUCAGCAAGGGUUGCCCCCCAUUGUUUACAACUUUGAAAUCUCUCUACAUUGAUCCAGAGAAGGUUUCUGUAAUGCACGAGCUCGUUACCGGCUAUGAGUGUUCCCUGAGAACGUGCGGCUUGUUCAGUCCAAACGAGAGCGCUGAGAAGGAGCCGCCCACCACGCUGCUCUGGGUCCGCUACUUCCUGGCGCAGCACUUCGACAGCCUGGACAGGAAGGCGCUGGCGCUGGAGUACAUCGACGCCGCCAUCGAGACCACGCCCACUCUCAUCGAGCUCUUCUACGUCAAGGCCAAGAUCUACAAGCAUGCUGGGAACCUGCAGGAAGCCGCCAAGUGGAUGGACGAGGCCCAGUCUCUGGACACCGCCGACCGCUUCAUCAACUCCAAGUGCGCCAAGUACAUGCUGCGGGCGGGGCUGGUGAAGGAGGCCGAGGACAUGUGCUCCAAGUUCACACGGGAGGGCACGUCGUCCAUGGACAAUCUGAACGAGAUGCAGUGCAUGUGGUUUCAAACGGAGUGCGCCACGGCCUACCAGAGGCUGGGGAAGUACGGCGACUCGCUGAAGAAGUGCCACGAGAUCGAGAGGCACUUCUUCGAGAUCACGGACGACCAGUUUGACUUCCACACGUACUGCAUGAGGAAGAUGACGCUGCGUGCGUACGUGGACCUGCUCAAGCUGGAGGACGUCCUGAGGAGGCACUCCUUCUACUUCAAAGCGGCUCGCUGCGCCAUCGAGAUCUACCUGAAGCUCCACGACAACCCGCUGACCGACGAGAGCCAGGAGCAGGAGGUCAACUCCGAGAACCUGUCGGCCAAAGAGCUGAAGAAGAUGCUGAGCAAGCGAAGGAGGGCGCAGAAGAAGGCCAAGCUGGAGGAGGAGCGGCGGCACGCAGAGAGGGAGCGGCAGCAGAAGAACCAGAAGAAGAGGAGGGACGAAGACGAGGAGGAGAUCAGCGGGCCCAGGGAGGAGCUGCUGCCCGAAAAACUGGAGAAAGUUGAAAACCCCUUAGAAGAAGCAAUUAAGUUCCUGACACCACUGAAAAACCUUGUGGCCGACUGCAUAGACACUCAUCUUCUAGCUUUUGAAAUCUAUUUUAGGAAAGGGAAGUUCCUUCUGAUGGUGCAGUCGGUGAAGAGAGCCUUCGCCCUGCAGCCGGACCACCCCUGGCUUCACGAGUGUCUGAUUCGGUUCUCUAAAGCGGUGUCUGACCACAGCAACCUUCACGAAGUCGUCUACAAGGUCCUGAAUCAAGAAAUGCAGAAAAUCUUCGCCAACAAGAAUUAUGACACCUUCAACGAUGAAUUUCUGAAAAGCAAAUCCAGCUCCAUCCAACAUCUGCUUUCAGGUGCCAAAAUGAUGUAUUUUCUGGAUAACUCGAGGCAGGAGAAGGCCAUCUCCAUUGCCACGCAGCUGGAAGAGACCCUGCAGGACCGGAACGUCCAGUCCUGCAGUAAAGUGCUGGAGGCUCUGCUGGACGGGAGCUUUGGCAGCUGUCCAUCACAGGCUGAAGAGUACCGCGUCGCCUGUCACAGACUGUUUCCCCUGGCAACCACCUUCAUGCCCCCCGUCACCGAGGACGACAAGGGCUCCACCCCCAGAAACAACGGCACCAUCAAUCACGAGAUGCUAACCAAUGAGAUCUGAGCCUGCCCAGCGCCAGCCACACCCCCUCCCCCCCGGACACACCGCACAGAGUGAUGUGUGAUGGCGUUUUAAUGCUGGAGCUGACCCCCCCUCGCCCCCCCCGUGGUACAGAUGAGGUAGAAAUCUCACACGCUACCCAGGCUUAGCCACGCUCCGCUAACAUCCGCUACUUUUAUUUUUUCGGGUUUGAAAAUGCUGCCAUAACUUUUACUUUUGUCCUCAAGGAUUUGUGAAACAGGGAAAAAAGGUGACUCCUAGUGGCGAGUGCGUUUGCUAGCGCCCGUCCCACCAUUACACUGCAGAAAAGGAUCUACAACGGGAAAAAGACUGAAAAGAUCAUCUGUGGAAACUCCAAGGAAAGAAGCAGGACUGUUAUAAAACGCAGUGGCACAGUAGAGCUUUUUACGCCCUUUUUUUUUUUUUUCAAACAGCAAAGGCGAUUUUUAUUUUCAGCCAGAUCAUCGGUUAUGUGCAUGAGAAGACUCGAUGCCUUUCUGAAAAACAACAACUGCGAAUGACGGAGAGAGAGUGUUUGCAGAACGUCCUAAAGCUGCAGAAGAUUUUCUUCAACCAACCGCUCUGCUCGUUUUUUUUAUUUUGGUGUAGUUUUUAGUUUCCACGCAGAGCGUCAGAUAAAACCAGUAGUUUCAGACAUGCCUUACGCGUUAUUGGAAGUACAAAAUGCUGGUCUUUUUACUGAAGACAAUGCAACGCACUGAUUUUCUUUUUUUUUCUUUUAUACGGUCUGAUCUGGCCUUUUGCACUGUUAACAUGGUUUUAAAACUGUAUCUUCCCAAACGAUGAGCUCUCAUCCAUUAGUCCUUGAGCAUGUUUAAAAAUAAAAUAAAAUAAUAAUAAUAAAAAAAGUUUAAAAAGUCCCUCUCAGGGCGAGUUUGUAUUUGAUGGCUUUUUAAACCUCAGUAGUUAGUGGGGCUUUACUGUUGCUGGACCCCAGUCACAGGGCUGGGGGCGGGGGGGCGGGGGGUCGGGGGGGGGGGGCUGUUAUUUGACGGACGUUCUUGAAAUGCUAUUUUUUAACUGGCUCCAGGUGUGUCUUUAUGCAGAAUAUUAGUUCAUGUUUGCCGUCUUCUGUGGAGAAACUCCCGUGGUUAUUUCAAAGUUGACUUUUUUUGUCUGAAUUGUUCUAAUAGGCACUUCAGUGUUACGAUCACUCUGUUUUGUUGGUUUAGAUGGAUAGCGCUCAUUGUGAAUAAUGUUUAAUUAUUUAAAGGAGGGGGGGAGGGGGGGGUUUAUGGCUGAGUAAUAACCCUCCGCUUCCCUCUGUUUUGCUAUCUUGCAACGUGUAUGGAAUUCUCAAGAGAAGUUUCACUGUAAAGUUUUGCCAAUCUAUGUAAUGCUGUAAUAAAUUAUUUUCUACUCAAA